AUGCGAUUCUUAGCACUGGACCAGAUCACUUUCCGUCUACCCGUGCCCAUCGGUGCGGUGUUGCGAUUAUCGUCCAAAGUGGUGAAAACGACUAAACCUCAGGACGGACCGGAUGGAAAAGCCAAAGUGCAUAUUAUGGUAACAGCGGAAGUAGAAGAGGUUGACACAGGGGUUCGAAGAGAGACGAAUACCUUCUUCUUCACCAUGGCCAAAGAAGAUGAUAAACCCAUUGGAAGGACCGUGAUACCUUCGACAUACUCUGAGGCUAUGCACUAUCUAGAAGGGAAAAGAAGACUGGAAGUGGGUGAUGAGAUGAGGAGGUUGUAUCAGGCUGGGAAAUUGCAAUAG